GCCCCGCCGCCCCGCGCCCGGCUCCCUCGCGCCCGCGCCCGCGCUCUCCAAAAUGUGGCACAACGUGGGGCUGACCCUGCUCGUGUUCGUGGCCACGCUGCUCAUCGUCCUGCUGCUGAUGGUGUGCGGUUGGUAUUUUGUAUGGCAUCUUUUUUUAUCAAAAUUCAAGUUUCUGCGGGAACUUGUGGGAGACACCGGAUCCCAGGAAGGAGAUCAUGAGCCUUCAGGGUCUGAAGCAGAAGAGGAUGCUUUAUCAUCUCCACACAGGAUGAGAUCUGCUCGCCAAAGGAGGGUACCUGCUGAUGAAGAUCACUGACCCUGCCCUCAUCCUGUGUUAGUGAAGAAUGAAAAACAAUUGAGAGCCUGUGUUUUUAAUGACUUGGCUUUGCAAUUUGCUAAAAGACUGAAGAGCAUUUGUACUUGAAUUUUAAUUCCAAUUAAAAAAGAUUUACAUGUAAGCCAUAUGAAAAUAAAGGGAAUUAAAACCAAAUUGGACCAUUGCAAAUGGUCAUUUUAGAGAAAUCUUUUGCCUCACUAGCUUUCUACUUAUAUGUAUAUUCCUUGUCUUGGGCUUAUUUUCUUUCACUAGGGUAAAUCUGGUAACUAUUACAUGCUUGAAAAUCCAUAGUUUACAAAUUAGGUCUAUAAUGUAUGUUUUCUUUCCCACACGUUUAACCUUGUUUGAAAUUGGGCUGCAUUUUGUGAUCACUCUCCACUAGACAUUGCUUAUGAUGUGUAUAUUCACCUGUUCACGUGUGAACUAGCUUUCCAUACCAUCACUGUAUUGUUGGCAAAAAAAAAAAAUAUAUAUAUAUAUAUACAUAUCUGUUUAGUUUAAUUGGGAUUUUAAAAUGUCUUCAGGGCCAGAGAGAUAGUGUCAAGGUAAAGGCAAUUAAUUGCCUUAUAUGCCACUGACCCCAGUUUGAUGCCUGUCACUGCAUAUGGUCCCCCAUGCACCACCAGAAGUGAUUCCUGAGCACAGAGCAAGAGUAAGCCCUGGAAAUUGCUGGGUGUGAUCCCACAUCCCUCCCCCCAAAUAUAAAAAAAAAAUGAUGAAACUCAUAAUUUCUUCAUAUAGAUUACACUAUGAUUCAGUACUGAAAAGAAUAGUUACUGCAGAUGCAGAAAAGUAUGGAAAUGGAGCAACAGGACAUAUUUGAUAAUAGUGAAGCAAAUAUCUGUUACUGGAGGAAUGACUGAACUUCAUAUUAUAAGUAAAAUGUACUGUAGGACCUAAGCAAGGAAGAUAUGAAUAGACGAGUUGUACUAUAUUUUGUCAGUUAGAAAUGUUCUGAUGUAUUAUUACAUGCAAAGUGAUGAUACUGAAGGCAGUGGAUAUUGCCAAAACCCUCCUGAAACAAAAUUCCAAAGCAAGAAGCAGGUGUGAUUGAUUCAUGUAUGAAGCAGGACUAUCAAUAAGGUACCAGUUAUUUUUUUGCUGGAUAAAGAAUAUCCUUUGUAUUUAUAUAUCCUUUAUCCUUCCUGCUGACAUCAGACAUAAGGAACUGGUAGAGCGCUCUUCGAGGAAAUCUUGCAUCAGUAUUUUUGAUGAAACCAAGAGACCUGUUGGUGUGGAAAAAUGCAGACACCAACUACUAUGAAUUGAAGAGUGAUUAGGAAGAGUGGAACUUAGACUAUAAAAUUAUAAUUUGGCCAAUUUAUUUCAUACAGUUUUUAUAUAUAUGCACAAGAUUGUGAUAAAAAUUUGUCUAAAGUGCCGUUUCAGUAAAUGUAAAAUAAACAUUUUAUGUGAUAAGCAUUGUGUGAUAGCUUGUUUUUUUUUCUUAGUGAUAUACAUAUAAUAAAAGUAUAAAAUAAAACAGUUUGUAUAAGUUUUUCUUUCUGGAUAGCAAUUAUUUAUUAGAGUACUUAAUUUUCUUAUAAUGUUAAAAAUUCUCUAUCCUCUGUGAGAAUGGUUUUGGUGACCCAUUUGAGAUUUUAUAGCAGUUACUUAGAAAUCUAAGAGCUACCUUCUACUUUAGGAAGAGUAGAAUACUCCUUUUCAGCAGGAGGAACUUAAUGCUCCAGAAAUGUAUAAUGGAGAAGAUGCUUCUUUGCAACGAUUCAGUGACAAAACCUCAGAGGUACUGUAUAUUGAAGACAAAGAAUGAAUGAAAAUAUCUGCUUCACUAUAAAACAACUUCAGGUUUCCAUGUUAAUUUUAACUGACCUCUGGGCUAUUUACUGGGGAGAAGAGAUAAGGAUUAAAUAAUUUUCCUAUUUAUCUGUGCAGUUAUGAAUUGCAAAGCCAACUUUUUUCUAAUAAAAGUUCUUUCAUGUUUUUAACCUUUGUUUUCUGAAGAUCUAGUUAUCACAGUGUUACCUCCAAUUUAUGUAAUUAUGUUUGAGACCUCAUAGUUAGUUUUGUUUAUGGUUCUUAUACUCUGCCCCAAGUUAUAUUCCUGAUGAACAGCCCUGCUAUCCUGGUAGCCCCUUUGAUAUACUACAGGGGAAUCAAUAGCAUUUGCUUGAGGUUCUCAGCUGAGAGCAGGGCACAGUCUGAUCACACACAUUAUGUGAGUGUAGGGUUAAACAGUGACAUAGGUGUCAAGCAUUGACUUUAUGCCUCAUUCUAGCUAAAUACCAUAUUUGACUAUUCAUCUGUUAGAAUUUUCAGAAAUAUUCUGCUUAGAUUAUAGGAAAUGUACUCAAAUGAUAACUCAAACCAUGUUUUAAUUUCAGGGAGAGUAAAGGGAAAUCACUGAUGCCACGUAAAAAUUCUGCAGAAUAAUGCGUAUGUUUUAGUUUUGUGCUUCCUUUUAUCAGCAUACCAUAGUAAGAAUUUCUGUGGCAACAAAGGCAAGGGAAUUAUUUACACAGUCUAUACAGUGUUUUUUGUUCUUCUGUGUCAGUGCUUUUUAAGCUGAAUUUACUGUAACUUCACAAGUGUAUUUUCGUUUCUCAUUAGAGAAACUAGCUUGUGGUUAAUCUUAAAGUUUAUGAAGUUCUCUUUGUUUUUGUUUUGUUUUAAAGGUUUAUAAAGUUCUGAGCAUUAAAAACAAAAGUAUUAAGAUUGAAUACUCCCAAAUGAUGGUAAUCAAGUGUGUCAUCUUUUGAGGAUGAAUCUAAAAUUGAAGACUAUGGUAAAUUGUUUUAUUUCCCAACCAUCCAUUCUCAGAUCUUUAUUUUGUCUUUGAAACUUUUGUGGGAAAUCCCUACAUUAAUGUAUUGUCAGCAUUGUUCUGAUUUAAAUGCAAAAAAAUUAAUAAUUAGCAUUGUUGAAUAUGUUUUUUUGAAAAAAAAAAGUCAUACUAACAGUAGAAUUCAUCCAGUGGAUUUUGUAGUAAUCUUUUCUUGGUGGAUACAUAAAUGCAUUAUUAUGUGAUAGGUAACCAAUUUAUGGAUGUGUUGAUCCUUCAGUAGAUACUAGAUUUACAGCAACUUCAAACUUCAAAGCAUUGUUGGGAGUAUAUACAUAAUAUUGUCCUUCACAAAUAUGGCAUUUAAACCAAAAUGUGUUGUAAGAUCUGAAGCAAGAGUUUCAAAUAUUUUUAAGUAAAAAACAUUUUUUACUUUGAAGAUGAUUUAAACAUUAUUUUAAGUCAUAAAUGUACUUUUUAAAGUUCAAAGUACGUUUUAAUGUUAACAUGUAACUGGUAUUACCUUAGAGUCUGACUGGUAAACUUCAAGUGCUUUUAUAUGUAAAGUUGACUUUAAAAGUCAAUGAGCUCUACUCAAAGAUACAGAUUGACU